AUGGCUGACCACAAAAGACCAAGAUACCACUGCACCUCUCAAAGUACGCCUUUGUGGCAGACAAGCUCUGUCUGCGACGUUGUUCUGCUGAAAGGCGCCCGGAUAGUGAUCCCAUCGUCCCUUCGGCCGGCGGUCUUGACACUGUUGCAUGAAGGUCAUCAGGGCAUCAACACGACCAAAGCCCUAGCUAGGGAGUCUGCUUGGUGGCCUGGUAUCUCGGCAGAUAUCGCAUCUCUCGUCGCCAACUGUGAACAGUGUGCUUCCACCUGCGUGAACUUUGCCGAGCCCCUGCUAUCCACGGCCCUACCUGUACAUCCAUCGGAAUUCCUUGGAAUGGACUUCUUCCACCUCAACAGCCAGACGUUCAUCCUGGUGGUGGACUGUUACACAAGUUACCCUAAGGUGGUGACCCUGAGGAGCACGACACCUCAGCCAGUCAUCGACGGUCUCAAAUCAAUCUUUGCCUGCCAUGGAAUCCCGCAUCAAGUCAGGUCAGACAACUGCCCUCCAUUCUCGUCGCAAGAGUUCGCGGCGUUUGCAGCGUCAUACGACUUUAACCACGCGACCAGCAGUCCACACUGCGCUUAA